AUGCCAUUCUCGGACAAUACAUUUCCUCAAGAUAUCUGGGCUGAAAUAUUGGCAUUUUGUCCGCAACAAAGCUUGGUCGUUCUUGCCCGCGUGUCUCCCUUCCUGCGCACGCAAGCCCAUACACUGCUGCUUCGCACAGUGGGAACAAAACAUUCGAUCGAUCACAAUGAAGACUUCCUGGGCAUCAUAUACAACUUACCGGUGUUCUACCAGGUCUUGACGCGUGAUGACAUUGAUUGGAAACGGCUAAUUCGAGUCAUCAGACUCGAUUGGCUUGAUGAGCCUGUGGAAGAAGGUGGCAAAGACGUGCUCGUCGGCAAAAAGAGGCCAAUUGCAGAUCAUCUCGUCUUCAAGAUCGCGCUACUGCUAAGUGAAUGUACUCGCCUGCGUGAGUUUCAUCUCAACUUGAGCUCCCUAGCGAAUGUCACAGCGAUGCUGAAAGAUGACUUGCCGCCGAUAACUUCCUUGGAGUUCUCGCUUCCUCAUCGAUACGCUUGGGAAGAUAUAUACAGAGCGUUUGAGCUUCCCGUCAUCAAGAGACUUGUAAUGCGGAACAUUCUCAGUCCGGAUCGACCUGCUUUCAGAUUCCCAGUACCCAUACCAGACGCCCUACAUGACAAGCAUGAUAUCUCGAAUGUACAAGAACUCUAUCUUCUCGAAAGUGGCCCGCUUAUCCAAGCCAUGAGUCCCCUGUUCCGAUGGCCGAAGAAGCUGAAGAAGUUGGACUACUCGCCUGUACGUUCGAAGUGUGAACCCUAUUGGCGUGGCAUUCUUAGGCGGACGGGCGACAUAUCAGAUGCUGUCGAUGCUGCUAUCGAUGUGCUUGCACCGUUGAGACUGUCGCUGCAGGUACUGAAGUUUGAUCUUGGUCUAGGCAGACACUGGAUACUGCCUUUUAGGACUGGGGAGCUCUUCCAGCCAUUUGUGAAUUUAUCGAGCCUCGAUGUCCCUGUCGAGCUAUUGUUACACUCUAGAGGACUGUCGCAGUCAAGGCUUUGCUACCCGUUCUACAUUGGUCUACCAAAUUCCCUACGGCAGCUCACUCUUCGCUUCACAAUACUCACCAGUUGGCAUCCCCGACCAUCCCAGUUGGACCUUGACGCAGACAAUUGUCUUGCAUCUGAUCCAGCGCAUCGAUUGUUUGAUGAACUCUCCAUGAUCGCGAUGCAAAAAGAGGAGCAUUUCCCUGGGCUUCGCGAACUCACACUCCUUGCUGAUGGAGAAAAGCCGUUCUUGGUCAGGUGCGAUCAUGUUGUUCAGAGUCUAACAGAUCUCGAGAGUAGUGGUAUUCAUGUCGUCCAGAGCGACUGGUGUCGACGACCGGAAGAGAUGUGGAUCUGA